AGGGAACCGGUGGGCAGGAGAGAAGCUUUGGACUGCAGACAGAAGGAAAGGCUGGUUUAAAAAUACUCCUGUUGCUAGAAAUAGACUUGUGUUUGGACAAGCCAAUCGGCGGAAGAGGAGAUUAGAGCGUCUUUUGUUGUGCGCUUUUUCUUUUUUUGUUUUUUAUUUUGGACUUAAACUUUUGGUUUGGAAUCACCAAACAGCGUCAACCGUGAGAAAGCAGCAACUUUUACGCAGCUCAAUUUGUCUUCUCAAAAAAGGGAAACGAAACGUCGGGCUCUGCUUUUCUCUGGCCCCUCAGCUGUGGAUCAUCACAUUUCCAAGGCAAACUUUUUGAGCGCACAACGCUUAUUUUUCCCCCUGAGCUGCUGGGAUGCGGUGAUGGAGCUUAUUUUCAAGAUGACCGCCGUCCCAGUGAAGCUCAUUUCCACAGGUGAUCCGUGCAGAGAAACAAUGGGAGUCUUUAAAUGGUCGUUUCUGAUCAUUAUUAUGACGCUUGCGCCUUGGAAGCCAGCCGCCGCCGGACAGCUGUCAGAUUUGGAGUUUGAACUGAGUCCCAGUGCAGUCAUCUCCUCGCUGGGCAAACCUGUUACUCUGCACUGCACUCUGAAGGGUUCAGGGGGUGAGGAAGCGGACCCCCCUGAUGUAAUCUGGCUGAGAGAUGGUGUGCCCCUUCAGUAUGCAGACACCAACCAGUUCCAGUUCCUCACUGGCAUCAACAGCUGGACCAUCAAGAGCACGCUCAGGAUUGAGAAGGUCCAGCUCCCCGAUAUGGGCUCCUAUAAGUGUGCAGUUUUAUCAGGAAGUCUCAACGCUUCAUCCGAGGAGGGGAGCAUUCAACUGGAAGGCCUUCCCCAUUUCUCUUUGGAGCCACAACACAAGUCUGUUGUGGCCAAUGUUUCUUUGAGCCUGAGCUGUGUAGCCCACGGACCUCCAGAACCAGUCAGGGUCAUCUGGUUGCAGGAUGGUGCUCCGCUGAACUCCCUGAAGGACCCUGUGGCUCUGUCACCCUCUACACUAAACCUCACAGGUCUAAACCGAACCAGCACCUUUUCUUGUGAGGCCCAUAACCGCAAGGGUGUGGCCACCUCUGGAUCUGGUACCAUCACUGUUCUUCCAUCUCAGCCUCAAAAUGUGCAAGCUGUAGAAAUCACUCAGACCACACUUCGCUUAUCUUGGCAGCCUGGCUUUGGAGGCGACUACCCGAUCACCCACUGCUCCGUUCAGGCCAAACAAUCAGGACAGCCCUUCCCAGCAGGCACCGAUAAGAUGAUCCACAACCAGAAUGUGAACGUCCCACCAGCCACCCACCUGAUCGAGGACCUGGAUCCCUACAGCGUCUAUGCAGUCAGGGUGGCCUGUCAUAGCAGCCAGGGCCCUUCAGACUGGUCACCCUGGGUGGAGCUGCACACCAAAGAAGGAGUUCCAGAGAAUCCACCUGUUCACCUGAAUGCUAAUGCAAACGGGACCGAGGUGCUGGUGAUGUGGGAGGAGCCUCCAGGGAAGCUGAAUGGAGAACUUAAGGGCUACAUGGUGGAGUACAGCACUCCUUCUGGCCUGCCGGUUGUUGCUGAUGCUGGAUUGGACACUGAGCUGUCUCUUAAUCUGUCUGUCCCCAUGUCUAAUGUGACUUUUCGAGUGUGUGCCUAUACUGGGGCAGGUCAGGGGCCCUGGACCCCCACUCAGACUCUGGUACUUACUCCUUUUGCAGCAAGGAAAUCUGUAGAUCCGUCUUCACCCCCAGCCUUUUCCUGGCACUGGUGGUAUGUGGUGAUGGCCAUUGCCGGUGCUGUGGCCAUAGCUGUGCUCAUGGCUGUUUACGUGGCCAAGCUGCGGCGCAAGGAGACACGUUUCGGAGAGGCAUUUGAACCCAUGAUGGAGAGCGGUGAACUGGUUGUCAGGUAUCGUGCUCGCCGCACCUACAGCCGCAGGACAACAGAAGCCACCUUGAACAGCCUGGGUAUCAGUGAUGAGCUGAAACAGAAGCUCCAAGAUGUGAUGGUGGACAGACAUAAACUAACCCUUGGAAAGACCCUCGGAGAAGGGGAGUUUGGCUCUGUGAUGGAGGGACUGCUGACUCAAGAGGAGUCUGUUCUCAAAGUUGCUGUCAAGACUAUGAAAAUUGCCAUCUGUACCCGCUCUGAGAUGGAAGACUUCCUGCGUGAGGCCGCCUGCAUGAAGGAGUUUGACCACCCCAACGUCAUGAGGCUUCUAGGUGUGUGCCUGCAGACUGUGGAGAGUGAAGGUUACCCGUCUCCUGUGGUCAUCCUGCCCUAUAUGAAACAUGGAGACCUGCAUAGCUAUCUGCUGUACUCCAGGCUUGGAGACUGCCCUGUGUACCUCCCAUCUCAAAUGCUGGUGAAGUUCAUGACCGACAUUGCCCGGGGGAUGGAGUACCUCAGCAGCAAGAACUUCAUCCACAGAGACCUCGCCGCACGCAACUGCAUGUUGAAUGAGAAUAUGAACGUAUGUGUGGCCGACUUUGGCCUCUCCAAGAAGAUCUACAACGGUGACUACUACAGGCAGGGACGGAUCUCCAAGAUGCCUGUUAAAUGGAUCGCCAUCGAAAGCUUGGCAGACCGCGUCUACACCACGAAGAGUGAUGUGUGGUCGUUUGGAGUCACCAUGUGGGAAAUCGCCACAAGGGGACAGACGCCGUACCCAGGAGUGGAAAACAGUGAGAUUUAUGAUUACCUGAGACAAGGAAACCGUCUCAAACAGCCCCCAGACUGUUUGGACUGCAUCUAUGCUCUGAUGUUCUCCUGCUGGCUGCUGAGCCCAAAGGAUCGUCCAUCAUUUGAAUCCCUGCGCUGCGAGUUGGAAAAAGCCCUCGAGGAUCUUCCGGAUCCCCAGGACCCUGACGAAAUUCUUUACGUCAACAUGGACGAAUCCUCCAUGGAGCUUGGCGCUGUAGGUGGCCGUGACCCCGUUGGGGGUCUGUCCCCUUUCUGCUUGAAAGCUCUAGACUCUGUGACCACAGUGGAGGUCCACCAACCCAACCGUUACGUCCUCUGUCCACAACACGAGUCCAGUAGAGCCCUCUCUGACUCCCUGGAGAGUCUGGACAUGCCAGUGUCGUCCUCCACAGCCACACUGCCUCUGCAACCGUCCUGCCACUCAACACCUAACCCCACCCCAGCUCCCACCCCCACCGUCGAGCUGCUGGAGGACAGGGACGGAGCCAGGAAAAUGCUCUGGCAGUAAUGUUGUUUCUCCUAAAAAAUGACAGGAUUGAUCACUGCCAGUCCAAGAACAACACCCAGCCUCCUACAGCCUCUUUCUACUGACUAUAAGAAACUGUACAUGCCUCCCUAUAUUUGUUUUUGCACAAAUACGUACACACAGCUGAAGGCAUUCCAAGGAAGUGACAGAUUCUGACUCUACCUAUUGUCUCUACCCCUUGUCUUUUAUGAUGAGCACAUUAACUAAACAAGUGUAAUUUUUGACUUGCUGCAACACUGCAGCACAAUCAGGGAGAUGAAUUUAAAGUCUCAUGCGGCAAAGUGACUAAGCUAAAGAACAAAACACCUUUAACCUCUUUGUGAAACCAGCACAGACACUGCCAGACUGAACUCCAGCUGAGCAUGCUCAGAUGGAGAUGGAGAAGCCCCACCCAUCCCUGUAACGGUUGUAAAAGGGUCAAAACUUAAAGGUGCAGUGUGUAACAAAAUCGAUGCUGAAUUAUAGAAAAUUAUAAUACAUCAUUAAAAGCUUUCUACUGGUACCUAAUCACUUUACUAAAAUAGCUUAUGUUUUUAUUCUCUAAGAAUGAACCAUUUAUAUCUACUGUACAUGCCAUGAGUACACAUACAUAGUGUCAUAUUUGUGUUUUUACUACGAAGUCUCUGAAUGGACAAACAAAUCAUUGUGAAGUGGGAACCCACUGAGCUUUAAAACUGCAGUGCUUGCUUUAUUUAUUAGGUGCUAGGGCACCAUUUGGGAUAAGUAACAUUACAGAUGUACACACUGUUGACGUAGAUACCUGUGGUGCAGUCAUGGCUGCACCUGUGGCCACUGGAUCCACUUACAGAUGGUAUUUGAAGUAGUUUCUGUGCCCAUCUUUACCACUAGAUGGCAAUAAUUCUUACACACUGCACCUGUAAAGGAAGCUUAGUUUUUUCCCUCUCCUCCAGAAAAAAAAUGAGGUUAUUCAGCUAAUUCUCACAAAAGAACAAAUUAGAAAAUGUAGCUUAUCAUCACAUUACGUUAAACAUUUAUUAGAUGCUUCUCAGUGGGGAACCUCCAUCCUCCAGGGGUUUUACUGUUAAUUCUGCUUUGAGCCGUUUACUGAGCACACAAGACAACUCUUUUUCUCUGACAGACACUUGUGCAGAUCCUGAUCUAUACAUCAUUACAAUAACUCAGGAACCAAAGACUCUACAGGGGCAGCAAUUCUGCUUAAAGAAGGUACAAGCAAUCAGAGGUUCUGGUAGAUGGACAGAGGGUUGGUACGGAUACGAUACGACACAAACUGUGGGAUCUGGGAUGAGUUCCUCAUCCUUGCUUUUGUCUGAAGCACAGUGUUAUGACACAUUUUGUAUUUUUUAUGCUGAUUUUUAUAUUUCUACAACUUUGCACUAAUGUUUUUAUAUCUUUUGGGGUUUUAUCAUGUGUUUUGAAUAUUUCCUGAACGUUCUGCCUCAUCAGAACUGUUCAUGUGACGAUUUGCAUAUUCAUCAUGUUAGAGAAGAAAGCCUGAGAAAACACUGCAGAGCCUUAAAGGGGAUUUUCUGUAAAUGAACAAACACCUUAACGACUGGGAAACAGGAUCAACCACAUCAGCCUGCCACUCAUGUUCUGGGAUAUCGAGGUUUUGCACUGUAAAUAGGAGUCUGUUACCAACAGCAUCGAGGAGGAUGUAGCAACUAAAAAUGGAGCUUCUGCUUCCAGGAAGUUGAAUUAUGCAUGCACUUAUUUUUUAUGUGUAUAUAUAAAUAUAAAUACAGUAUAUUUGUCUUAGUUCAUUAGUAAGUCAUCAGAGUAGGCUUGACCAUGUUUCUGCACAUAUUUUGGGAGAAGAGAACUUCAGUGAGGCGCUGUGUUUUGUUUUAUUUUCUUGUAAUCAUCAAAGGUACUUAGAGUAAAAAAAAAACAUACACAUUAGUAGGAUAUGCUAGUAACAUGAAUGAAUUUCCAUGUUAA